AAACAGAAAAAAACAUCUAGCCAUAUAAACCCUGUGCUUACUCUCUGUUUGUGGAUUUAACUUCACACUUUGCUUAUUGCCUCUUGUUUUAUCAGCACUGCAUUUCUGAACUUCACUUUCUGCACCCAUGUCUUCAGUAGUCCCAUCUGCUGCAGCUUCUGGACCACUCUGCCAUCUCUUGCUCAGUUCUCACGUUGAGCACAAUGACUGGACAAUAGUCUUCAUAUCAUCCCAGCAUGGCCAGUGUGGAGGAGUCUCAAACGGAAGGAGAAGGCAGCCCCCAGAUCAUCUCCCUCAGGUCGGAAGCAUCCGCCAACCACGACGGGGACGUGGGACCGUCCGUGCGGAGGAAGAGGAGGAAGAAGAAAGCGCAGCGUCCCGAGUCCAUCAUCAUCUAUCGCUCGGACAUGGAUCAGGAGCCCGGCGAGGACCAAGGGGGUGAAGAGGAAGGAGUCGAGAGAAGCUUGGAGGAAGGAGAUAAGUUCCUCUGUACACCCACACAUGAAGGUGGAGGCUGGAGCCUUCCCCCAGACAGCCGCUACGUGACACUGACAGGCACCAUCACGAGAGGCAAGAAGAAGGGUCAGGUGGUGGACAUCCACGUCACCAUGACUGACAAGGAGCUUCGAGAGCUGGCUAAAUCAAAGGAGCGGCUGGACGCAGAGUGCGAGGCCGGGGACGGCUCCAAGCGUGCCUGCAGGUUGGGCGUUUGUCAGGGUCCCCACGUUGUCCUGUGGACCAUCUCCUGCGCCCCCGUGGUCUUCCUCCUCUCCUUCAUCACCUCCUUCUACUACGGCACCCUGACCUGGUACAAUGUCUUCCUGGUGUACAACGAGGAGCGGACAUUCUGGCACAAGAUCACAAUCUGCCCCUUCCUCAUCAUCUUCUACCCGGUGCUCAUCAUGCCCAUGGCCUUGUCUCUGGCGCUCUACGCCGCCAUAGCUCAGGUGUCCUGGGCCCUCAGCGGGUGGUGGCAGGCCGUUAGGGACCUGGAGAAGGGCUUCUGCGGCUGGGCCUGCGCUAAGAUGGGUCUGGAGGACUGCUCCCCCUACAGCAUCAUAGAGCUUCUGGACUCAGACACCAUCUCUGGUACUCUGCAGAGCAAAGCCCCCAGUGAACACGCCCAGACGUCAUCAGUGUAAUAUAGGACGAAACACGGGUCACAUUGCGCGCUUUGGUGAUACACAGGAUUACUUACAGUUAGGGGUGUAACGGUACGUGUAUUUGUAUUGAACCGUUUCGGUACGGGGGUUCCGGUUCGGUUCGGAGGUGUACCGAACGAGUUUCCACACGGACAUAUUAUGUAGCGUACUGCACGUUGUAUAAACAAUACACGGGCUACGAUAGACUAACCAUAUGUCCUCUUUUCACCGGACAUGUCCUGUUUUGCGGAGCUUCUUAAAUGCCUCAAAUGUCCGGCAUUUUGAGUUAGGGUUGCAUGUAUUUUCAAUGUACGUUCAGGGUUAAGAAGGGGUUAAAAACAAAACAAAUUGUGCAAGCAGCAGCAUUGGUGAGGGAGGGGCAGAGACAGAGAGAGCGACAGAGUUAUGAUAAACGUGCAUGCGUCACCAGGCUCUGCUUUUUAUCCAUAGAUUUAUCAGAUUUAAUUUUUUAUUAUCUAUAGCAGGGGUGUCAAAAGUGUGCCCCGGAGGCCAUUUGCGGCCCACAGCUAAUGUUUUAAAGGCCCACGGCACAUUCUAAAAUACUAUUAAAAUAAACAAAAACAUAACAAAAGUGAAAUAAAAAAGCUUGAAGGUUGAAUGUAAUUUAGAAAAAGUUGCAAUGUUGACUAAUAAAACAAAACUGUUUUUUUUUCUUUCAAACUGUCAUUGCUCAAAACAUAAUAUUGAAUCAAAAUCAAUGUUAUUAUGAAUUAUUGACCUAUCCAAGGUUCCCAUUACUUCACAUCAAAUAUUCCACUAAGAAAAAUAUUUUUGGUGGAAGAUUUUGCAAAUUUGGUAAAUGAAUAACCCCAACAUUAAUAUUUUGUUGUUUUCUUACUGUACCGAAAAUGAACCGAACCGUGACCUCUAAACUGAGGUACGUACCGAACCGAAAUGUUUGUGUACCGUUACACCCCUACUUACAGUACUGUGCAAAAGUCUCGGACCACCUUUGCAUUUGUUUUUCUACGUGACUUUUUGUUCAUAUUCAAUUAUUACCUAUAAAUUAUUUGGGGGUUGACUUUUAUACAGUAUUGUUACACACGUUUACUUAAUAUGCAUCAUUAUUGUCUUAAUAUGAUCACUUUUCUCUACACUAUCAUCAAAGUAGAUCUACAGUAUUUCUGUUUAGUGCUCACUUAAAAUGUUAUUUAUCACCUUGAAAGCUUUCAUUCUCUACUGUUCUGUAUUUCAUUUACUCCUGGAGGGUUUUGUGCCGUAAUUCAAAGCCACGUCGUCCAAAUAACAAGAUAUAUCUUCACAUUGAACUUUCGUAACACACACUAUAUUGCCAAAAGUAUUUGGCCACCCAUCCAAAUGAUCAGAAUCAGGUGUAUAAAAUCAAGCACUUAGGCAUGGAGACUGUUUCUACAAACAUUUGUAAAAGAAUGGGCCGCGCUCAGGAGCUCAGUGAUUUCCAGCGUGGAACUGUCAUUGGAUGCCACCUGUGCAACAAAUCCAGUCGUGAAAUUUUCUUGCUCCUAAAUAUUCCAAAGUCAACUGUCGGCUUUAUUAUAAAAAAAAUGAAAGAGUUUAGGAACAACAGCAACUCAGCCAAAAAGUGGUACAAGUGUGAUAUUUGGUGGAGGAGGAAUUAUGGUGUGGGGUUGUUUUUCAGGAGUUGGGCUUGGCCCCUUUAGUUCCAGUGAAAGGAACUUUGAAUGCUCCAGGAUACCAAAACAUUUUGGACAAUUCCAUGCUCCCAACCUUGUGGGAACAGUUUGGAGCGGGCCCCUUCCUCUUCCAACAUGACUGUGCACCAGUGCACAAAGCAAGGUCCAUAAAGACAUGGAUGACAGAGUCUGGUGUGGAUGAACUUGACUGGCCUGCACAGAGUCCUGACCUGAACUUGAUAGAACACCUUUGGGAUGAAUUAAAACAGAGACUGAGAGCCAGGCCUUCUCGACCGACAUCAGUGUGUGACCUCCCUAAUGUGCUUUUGGAAAAAUGGUGUAAAAUUCCUAUAAACACACUCCGAAACCUUGUGGACAGCCUUCCCAGAAGAGUUGAAGCUGUAAUAGCUGCAAAAGGUGGACCGACAUCAUAUUGAAACCUAUGGGUUAGGAAUGGGAUGGCACUUCAAGUUCAUAUGUGAGUCAAGGCAGGUGGCCAAAUACUUUUGACAAUAUAGUGUAUGUUUAUCUUAUUUGUCAGUGUGCGUGAGGAACUUUGUUACCUUCGCCCUAUAUUUUUUAUCUUUAAUGUUUGUCAUAUUUAUUGUAUUAUUUAAUUGAAGAAAUGUAAAGAUUUUUUAAUCUUUAUUUUUAUGUUAAUAUAAAUCAGAAUAUGUCAAAAGAUGACUAAAAUAUAUUUGGCGUAAGUACACUCUAAAUAUUACCACAUAUUGUAGAAAUUGUUUUUCAGAUCUUCAGGUUGGAAGUUGUUGCAUUCCAUUCUUUAAGACAUUUUUUUUUUAAAAUAAAAAUGACUCAUUUUUGGCAGCAUAUACAGCCGAUAUAUCUACAUUGAUGUGUUAUUUCUGCAUUCCAUAUUAUAUUUUCAUUAAGUAUCUGCACCGAUUUGCUGAUUUAUUCUUAUUCUGAUAGUUAAAGUAUUUGAAAAAUGCUUUACUUUAUUAUUGUGUGCUGUAAACUUAAAGUGGGCCGUACUACACAUUUUAGUAUAAAAGUAUAAAAAUGAGCCGAAAUUUUUGAAUGAAAGAAACUGUUGUUCUGAAUGUGUCCACAAGAUGUCGCAAUAGCAAUUUUUUGUAUCUUUGUAGAUGAUACUCCAUAUGUAAAAAA